AUGGAUCCGCUCAGCGUUACGGCGUCCGUUGUAGGGCUCAUUGGCGCAGCAGCCAAGAUAUACGGCAUGAUCGAGUAUAUUUCGUCAGCCAAAGAUGCCCCUACUACUCUUCGAGAAGCGGAGAUUGAAGUGAAGCACAUCGAGAUUGCUUUGCGGUCACUCCAGCGAUAUCUCUGGCACCUUGGCCAGAUCGAUGCUCGACGAAGAGAAUGCAUCCAGUUGAAUGAUUUAAUCAUUGCUUUGAGUGAUGCCAUGCGUGUCUUUUAUGACUUUGAGAACUUGUUGGUCUCGCUUGCAAGGCUGACGCGACUUCGGGUUGCCAUAUCGUGGUUCAUGUAUGCGAAACAAAUUGACGAACAUAUUGUCAAAACACAACGUAACAAGUCCACACUGGUUUUCAUGUUGAAUAUAUUGCAAUGCCAGUCAGACAUGGAGGCAUCACAAAGCCAAGAGCGACUUCAGACUUUGGUUGAGCAAAUACUUGCCGAUAAUAACGAUCUCAGACAGAGGUUGAGCCAGAUGCAAGAUACAUUCGAUGCGCGGAGCACUUUCACCAAGGCAAAUGCAGAAACGAACAUGACCAGACCGUACGACGAGGAAGAUAGAGAAGACAAUCUAUCGAUCCUGACAGAAGCGUAUCGACACACUGCAAUGACCCAAAGUACACAGGCAGGCACACUAAAUACUGCGCUUGAACGUAUAUUGGAGCAGUCCUGGGUCUACAAAAGAAAUCGCAAUGGCGAGUGCGAUAGAUCAUUCAUCCACUCCGACCAGCGCUCCCAUGCUUGGUCCUGCUUCACAGGGUACAGCCUAGCGGAUGUUUCUGUACUCUCCAUGGUAUCCAUGCCUAUCACACAAGUCGACAUCAAAAGUGUUACCUCCUACAACUUUGACGUCGUGGAGAGUUACGAUAGUGAUGAUACCCCCCAACCUGGCUUGUCUUAUGCCGAGGACGGUAGCAAAGGAGAAGAAAUCUCACCGAAAGGCGUGAACUCUCUUCCGGUGCCAUCGAAAGUCCAAAAGGAUGACCCUCAAGCGUCCACUUGGCCGCAUGUGGACCGAUCUGCUCAGUAUCGCCAUACCAACACAGAGGCGACGUCCGAGCCAUGGUCUCGAAGUUUACAGAUGCUUGAGCCCGAUGCGGGAACUUUACCUUACACGAAUGAUGCUAUUUUUAAUGAUUUCAAAAGAAAUAAUCAAUGUCAUGGCUGUAGCAAAACACUCGAGGCGGGAAAGGCAUGGGAGCUACUCGGAUAUCGGUGGCAUCUAGACUGCUAUCGCUGUACUUAUUGCAAUGUGCUUUUCGAUGCUCAAGCCGAUAUCUAUCCUCUCCAGGAUGGAAAGCUGAUCUGCGACAAGUGCUUCUGCUGUUCAGAAUGUGGCAACGGUACCAAGGACUUGGCUAUUUUGGCAGGGGAUCAGGCAUUUUGUGCAGAGUGCUUUGCCGUGCUGCGUGCAAGUGCGUGA